CAACGGGUGGACCAUAGCCGAAGGCCCGGGAAGCUCCGGCUACUACCACUGAGGAAGCGAGAGCACGGCGUGGGGUGAAUGAUGGUGGGGCUUGGCGCGAAGAAGGUCGGCCAGAUUGCGAGCUUCGGCGGGAAGGGCGCCGGCCAGGUCCUGGCGGCCGCCGCGGUGGCGCUCCUCAUCCGCCUCUUCUCCGGCCCCGGCCCCGCCCUCCCGCCCGAGCACGACGAGCCCGGGCGCUCCGACGGCGACGGCGGCGGCGACGGCGACGGCGGCGGAGACGGCGAUGGGGGCGGAGAGGCUCCGGCCGCCGGCGGAGUCCGCCCGGUGACCAUACGGUGGCGCAGCAUCACGUGCUCCGUCUCCGACAAGUCCUCGAAAUCGGUGAGGUUUUUGCUUAACAAUUUGAGUGGAGAGGCGAAACCCGGAAGGUUGCUUGCCAUCAUGGGACCCUCAGGGUCGGGAAAGACCACCUUGCUCAAUGUUCUAGCUGGUCAGCUGGUGGCAUCGCCCCGAUUGCACUUGUCGGGUCUUUUGGAGUUCAAUGGACAGCCUAGAGCAAAUAAACCUUACAAGUUUGCUUAUAUACGCCAGGACGAUCUUUUCUUCUCGCAAUUGACUGUGAGGGAGACACUGUCUCUUGCUGCUGAGCUUCAGUUGUCAGAGGACUAUUCUGUGGAUGAGAGGGAAAAAUAUGUGAACAACCUCUUGUUUAAGCUAGGCUUGGUUAGUUGUGCUGAAACCAGGGUUGGUGAUGCAAAAGUUCGGGGGAUAAGUGGCGGCGAAAAGAAACGUUUAUCCCUUGCAUGUGAACUAAUUGCAAGCCCGUCUGUAAUAUUUGCAGAUGAGCCCACUACAGGACUUGAUGCCUUUCAGGCAGAGAAAGUAAUGGAGACCCUUCGACAACUUGCAGAGGAUGGGCAUACAGUAAUAUGUUCAAUACAUCAGCCCAGAGGUUCAGUCUAUUAUAAAUUCGACGACAUACUGCUGCUAGCAGAGGGUGCGCUUGUCUAUUCGGGUCCUGCACGCGAGGAACCUCUGGCGUACUUUUCCAAAUUUGGGUAUAGCUGCCCAGAUCACGUGAAUCCUGCAGAAUUCUUGGCUGAUCUCAUAUCCAUUGACUACAGUUCUGCAGAAAGUGUCUACUCAUCUCAUAAAAGGAUAGAUGGUCUUGUUGAAUCAUUCUCUCAGCAAUCAUCAGAAAUUCUAUAUGCAACUCCCCUGACCCGAAGGGAGAUUUCUAGGAAUGGGAAGAAACUUGAUAAGAGAGCUGCUGUUAGAAGUAAAGGGGGCUGGUGGAGACAAUUCUGGUUGCUCCUUAAACGUGCUUGGUUGCAGGCUUCCCGUGAUGGACCAACAAAUAAAGUUCGGGUAAAUAUGUCAAUUGCAUCAGCCAUAAUAUUUGGCUCAGUCUUUUGGAGAAUGGGAAGAUCCCAGACAUCGAUACAAGAUAGAAUGGGAUUGCUUCAGGUUACUGCAAUUAAUACUGCAAUGGCUGCACUUACAAAGACUGUAGGGGUGUUUCCAAAGGAACGCACCAUUGUAGAUAGAGAGCGGGCAAAGGGGUCAUAUGCACUGGGACCCUAUUUACUCUCCAAACUGUUAGCCGAAAUUCCAAUUGGAGCAGCAUUCCCGCUUAUGUUUGGUGCCCUUCUGUAUCCCAUGGCACGUCUUCAUCCAAAUUUGUGCAGAUUCGGAAAGUUUUGUGGAGUUGUGACGGUGGAAUCAUUUGCUGCAUCUGCAAUGGGACUGACAGUUGGGGCAAUGGUUCCAACCACUGAAGCAGCAAUGGCACUGGGGCCAUCCCUAAUGACAGUAUUCAUUGUAUUUGGUGGCUAUUAUGUAAAUGCGGAUAAUACACCAAUAAUUUUCCGCUGGAUUCCUCGUUUUUCACUUAUCAGAUGGGCAUUUCAGGGACUUUGCAUCAAUGAAUUUAGUGGCCUUAAGUUUGACCAUGAGCAUUCCUUUGACAUACAGACUGGAGAACAGGCACUUGAAAGGCUGUCAUUUGGAGGGAGUCGCAUUCGGGAUACAGUCAUAGCUCAAAGCAGAAUACUGCUGUUUUGGUAUUACACCACUUAUGUACUCCUUAAGAAGAACAAACCCAGGUACCAGCAGCUCGAGUACCAACCUCUUCACCAAUCUUCACCACAGCUUGAAGACUUUGGCCUUGAAAAUACUAAGGAAAAUCUGCAACAGGAGCCGUCUCUGUCCGAUGAAGUUGAACUAAAUCAGCAGUUUGAAUCACCGGCUGUUGACCAAAUCCGUCCCUUUAUCCUAGAAGGUGCUAAUUAGGGGAGAUGAGAUUGCAAUAUUGGAGGGCCUCAUUCCUGUUCACUGAUAUCCGUCUUUUUUUUGGGGGGGAAUGAAUUUUGCAAUCUUAUGAUACCGUAUCUUCGUUUGUAAUUAUUGCCAAAGACACACUUGAUGUUCUACAAGUGAUGCAAAUAUACACAAUUUUCGAACUUGGGGCAUUUAGAUUA